AUGAAUCCCGACGACUACGAUUUGAGUACAUCGGAUGGCUGUAGACGGGCCUUGACUCGAGCCUUGUUCGAUGCCGUAAAUGAAGCCAAGGCGGAAUGCUUGGCACAAAUGCAGCGGGAGCAGGCGGAGGCGGAGGCGCGAGUCCCUCGCCCGAUACGACGUCGGACGUUUGUCCCCCGCGAGCACGACGUAGCGCACGAACGUCUGUUCGCAGAUUAUUUUGCCGAGAAUCCAAGGUGGGGCCCGAAUGUUUUUCACCGCCGUUUUAGAAUGAGUCGAGAUCUUUUUCUUCGCAUUGUGCACACGUUGGAGGGCCGUGAUGAGUACUUCCAGUAUCGGGAAGACGAGAUCGGCAGACCCGGACUUACGCCGUUGCAGAAGUGCACGGUUUCGAUCCGCCAGUUGGCCUACGGUACAACAACGGAUAUGUUCGACGAGUACCUUCAGGUCGGGGAUACAACUGGCCGCGAAUGUCUCAAGACUUUUUGUAAGUUAGUUGUGGAGGCUUUUGGCGACACAUAUUUGCGACGCCCGACUGCUGACGAUUGCCAGAGCCUGAUGCGGAUGCACGAGACGGUGCACGGCUUCCCCGGGAUGCUAGGGAGCAUCGACUUCGGGUUGAACAACGACAUCAACGUCCUCAACACGUCCACCCUAUUCACCGAUCAGUGCAGGGGUCGCGGUCCGGCCAUUCAGUUCACUGCCAACGGCCUUACACAUCAUAUGGGGUACUACUUGGCCGAUGGCAUAUACCCUAGGUGGCCUGUUUUUUUGAAGACGAUCAGCUGCCCAAUUAGUGAGAGGAGAGUCUUGUUUGCGGCAAAGCAGGAGUCCGCGCGGAAGGAUGUGGAGCGGGCUUUUGGGGUGCUCCAAUCGCGGUGGGCAAUCGUGAAAGGUCCGGCGCGUUUCUGGUACAAGGACGUCAUCGCCGACGUCAUAUAUGCGUGCAUCAUCAUGCAUAACAUGAUAGUCGAACAAGAAUGUGGCCAUGUCACCAAUUGGGUGGAUGAUGAAGCCGGAUUUAGCUCCAGCACGACAACCUCGCCGGUCACUCGAGGAUCACCGACUGGCUUCGGUGCGGUUCUACAGCGACAGGCCUCAAUGCGCAACCAACAAGACCAUACUCAGCUCAUGACCGACAUGAUUGAAGAAGUUUGGACCCGCAACCGCCGCCGUUGA